GGAGUUGUAGCACCGGGGCCUGAUGAGAGCUGUAGUACGAGGCUCGGCCCGGCCUGAGGCAUGACGGGAGCUGCACCUGCGAGACCGGCUCGGGGCAUGAUGGGCGUCGUAGUGCGGGCGGCAGGCCCAGCCCGGGGCAUGCUGGGAGCUGUAGCAGCGGGGCAUGAUGGGAGUCGUAGUGCGGGCGCCAGGCCCGGCCCGGGGCAUGAUGGGAGCUGUAGCCCCAGGGCAUGAUGGGAGCUACACCUGCAGGGCCGGCCCGGGGCAUGAUGGGAGCUGUAGCCCCAGGGCAUGAUGGGAGCUACACCUGCGGGGCCGGCCCGGGGCAUGAUGGGAGUCGUAGUGCGGGCGCCAGGCCCGGCCCGGGGCAUGAUGGGGGCUCAGCGGAGACAGGGACCGCCCCCGCGUGGCGGGUGGGCGGGCGCUGCAGGGCUGGCCGCGAGGAGCAGCUGGGCUCGUGCUUGCGGCGGGUGCCGGAAUCGCAGGCGGGGGCGCGGGCUGAGGCGAGGCGAGGCGAGGCGCGGGCGCUGCAGCCGGGCUGUGGCAGGGGCGGCAUGGCGAGCGUUCGCGUCCUGUUCCGGCUGCCUCGAGGGCCCUGGGGUUUGCAGUCCACAAUCCCGGCGGCGUGACGCUCCUGCUUCCAGGGCCUCUGGGGUGUGUAGUGCACAGUUGCCGCCAGCAGUGUGUUUGUAUGAGUUGGCAGCAGGGGCUCUGCACGGGGAAGGUGGGUUUAACCCAGCUCCAGCCCUGGGUUGGGGGGGCGCAGUCUCUCCCAUCCCCCCUCCCCCAACCCUCCUCUGCUGGAGCAGACAGCCCAGCCCAGGGCUGCAAAGCAUGCUGGGAUGCUGGGGGGCUGUGAUUUAACUUGCCCAGGAAGGUGUCUGGGACAUAGGCCGGUUUCACUCAGAUCCGUUAAGUCUGAUGCCACAUUCAACCAGGUUUAUCUUAAACCUGUUCCAGCCAUUUUGAACCUGUUUUUUUAUGCACCGAGCCCCUCUUCUUUUACAGAUUUAAACCGGGUUCUGAUCACUUAAACCAGUUUAAGUGCAAUUUGUGUCCCCAGCUGCCGGCCUGGGGGUGGAGAACUUAGCAUCGCGUCCCGGGCUGCUGCCGGCCAGGUCCGGAUGAUGUUGGUACGCGUAGCAAGCUGGGUCUUCGUUGUUUAGAUGAAGCCUAUAGGUGAGACCACAGCCAAGGUGGGCUCCUAAGUGUUUGGGGUCGGGUCCAUGGUUGACCGGUUUCCACAAAAGCUGAGUCUUAGUCGGGCGUUCACCUGGGUGUUCGGGAGAUUAAAAAAGCAAUAAACUGCUGUCAGGUGCUUGCAGAUCCAUUCCUGCUCCUCGGCUGUCUGCUCCGUCUCGUGUCCCUCCUCCUGAUCUUUGACACAAACAGGCUACUUCAAGAGUCUACAAAAAACCGAUUGCGUGUCAUUUAUUACCCAUUUUGAGGCACGUACUGACCCCGCCAGGCUCAGGCUCAGGCUCGAGCUGAGAAGGCCGUUUUGGAGCGCGGGAAAAGAACCGAAUGAUGAAAACUCGGACAUCAAGGAAAAAUGGAUCCAGCAAAGGAACACAAUUGACAUCAUUAAUACAUUUCUUAUCGUGGACCCCACGUCUCAACCUUGUGGCUUUGCUUUACCAAGACGGUGCUGGACACCCUUGAACAGGGUUCGUGCCGGACCGGGUAGACGUAACUACCUGCUGCAUCAAUGGAGUUGUAUUAAAGACCCCACGUGUGAUUGUGGCAAAAUCCAAACUAAAGCACACGUCGCAGAGGAAUGCCCCAGUUAUCGUUUUAAUGAUUGUACUGAAGACCUGACCUGCACCGGGCUACUGAUGAUGCCUUGCAAUGGCUAUCAAACUGUCAGCAGUCUUCUCCCUUAGUGCCGUUGUUUAUCGGUUGUUCGUAGCUUUUUCUAUCAGUGGGUUGCUGUAUUCCGUAUGAAUAAAUACAUAUUAUCGGUCAGCGUGGCUAAGUUUCUUGAUGACAACAAAUGAACCAAAGAAAAUUACAGACAGGAAGAUUUCUGUUUGUAUCUCUUUAUCCUGUGUUUUGUAACCCUCAAGCAUUUACAUAAGCUAGUAAGAAUUCUGCUCCAGAGCUGGCACGGUGCUCUUGGGCAGCGGGUUAAAUCCUAGUCAGAUGAGGAACUCGCUGUUGCCUACUGGUGCCUAAAGGACCAGCAGAUUAAAGGGUUUAGUUUGAAGACAAAGUCUUCUGGUUUCACACUGGUGUGAGCUCCACUUCCACGCUCUAACCAGUGGAAUGCAGCAACGAACCUAUUAGGGGCUCCUCGGCAGCCGGAGAUAUGACACCAAAUCACAAGGUAACCGCUCUUUUUCUUUUCUUAUUGGCCAGAAUGCUGUCUAUAACUAACAUGCAGCUAAUGUGCAUGUCUCCCUGAGGGACUUGUUCACUGUUUAAUAUAAAAGCGUUGUUCAGAAAGCUCUGUGCUGCCUUACUCUUAAGCUACUGUGGCUUUGCAGGAGGUUGGAGGGUUGAACGUUUCUAUUGCAACAAAACUGCCAGUCAAAGGGACAAAGCCAAGAGUAGCAGAGCUGGGGUAAGGAAUCCAGGUUUUCCUACAGUGACGAUAAUAGUCAUUAAUAACAACUACAUCCAUUUCUGCGGCACCUCUCGUCCUUGUACUAUAGCUAAUUAAAGUUUGCAAGGGCAAUCUAAUCCAGCCUAACAGUUACGAAUGGAGUACCAGCCUCUGCUGAAAAGUCCUGAUGGCCCCAGAAAGCUCCCCAGCUGGACUCUCUUUCUGACUGUGUGUGCAAUCGGAAUUGGAGGGACAUUUCAGUAUGGAUACAAUGUUUCCAUUAUUAAUGCACCCACUCAGUAUAUACACCACUUCCUAAACGAGACUUGGAGGAGUCGUUACCAGAUGGAACUUAACCCAGACUUGCUGACCUUCCUGUGGUCUGUCAUUGCUUCCAUAUUUUCCCUUGGAGGUCUUUGUGGAGCUCACAUCGGAGGCAGCAUGGCGAUUAGGCUGGGCAGAAAAGGAGCUCUUUUGGUGAACAAUUUCAUAGCAAUACUGGCCUCCAUUUUAAUGGGGAUUAGUUUUCCAGCAGGAUUGUUUGAGUUAUUGAUUGUUGGCAGAUUUUUGAUUGGCAUAAAUGCAGGUAUCGGCCUCUGUGUACAGCCACUGUAUCUGGGGGAAAUUGCUCCAAAACAUCUCCGAGGUACUCUGGCCAUGGGCUCUUCCAUAUUUCUGACCGGAGGGAUUCUGACAGGACAGAUCAUUGGCCUAAGAGAAUUACUUGGUGGAGCAAGGUAUUGGCCUUUGUUGCUGUCCAGCAGCUGUUUCCCUGCAUUUGCCCAACUUCUGUUCCUCCCCUGGUUUCCUGAAAGCCCAAGGUAUCUUCUGAUUGACAGAGGUGAUGAGAUAAAGUGCACCAAGGCUUUGAAGCGCUUUCAUGGUCUUUUGCACUACCAAACAGAGAUGAAAGAUAUAGAGAGAGAACAAUUUGCCUUAAACGGUGAGAAGCCAAAGAAGCCCUGGCAACUGUUCACUGAUCGCAGCAUAAAGUGGCAGCUCAUCACGGUGAUUGUGAUGACUAUGGGCCAGCAGCUCAGUGGGAUAAAUGCUAUUUAUUUCUAUGCAACAUAUGUUUUUAAACAAGCUGGGAUUCCUCAGGAAAAUAUUCCAUACGUGACCUUAGGUACUGGAGCUUGUGAAUGCCUCACAGCCCUCACAUGUGGUUUACUGAUUGACUACAUGGGGAGAAGAUUUCUUAUCAUUGGAGGAUAUGCCGUGAUGACAUUUUGGUGCAUCGUGUUAACGUUCUCCCUGACAUAUCAGGAGCAGUACUCCUGGGUACCUUACUUGAGCCUGGCAUCCAUAUUUGCCUUCAUCCUGAGCUUUGGGUUGGGACCAGGUGGUGUAACAAAUACCCUGGUUGCUGAAUUAUUUACACAGUCUUCACGGCCCGCUGCUUACAUGAUAGGAGGAUCCAUUAGUUGGCUGAGUUUCUUCACAAUUGGAAUGCUCUUUCCUUUUAUAGUGAAUGGAUUGAAGCAUUAUUGUUUUGUAGUGUUUUUACUGGAAUGCUCCUUCAUUGCUAGUUUCAUCUUCUUUGUUAUACCCGAGACAAAGAACAAAUCUUUCCUGGAAAUCAAGCGGGAAUUUCAAAGGCUUAAUUUUGGAAGCAAAAGGCAGGAACCGGAGCUGUGUGACAGAAUACAGCUCCACAGUGAAUUCUAGAGUGCAUACUACACUUCCCGGCUGUAAGGCAGCCACUUUAAUGAGAAUGAUAUGCAAGUGGUUUUAUAAAUUAGACAGCGAAACAUAAUGCUGAAAUAUUGUAUUUACAGGCAGCUAGUAGUAUCAUCAGGUGAAAUAUAAUUAUAAGACAGAUGAAGCUUGCUGAAGUAGCGUAAGAAACUAAAAAAUGUGUAUACAAUACUAUAUACAAAAAAGACAAUUCAAUAAAAAUGUUUAAAGGUA